AUGUCGACAGCAGUUGCUCCACAGUCGCAAGAUCCGCUCAACCGUCCAGCGAGCGCGGCGGGUCAGAUCGAGGGCAGUGAUGCGUCCGCAGAAAAUGCAGCCGCUCCCGGUUCUACUGCCGGAUCACCAGAAUCCCGUCGAAAGACAAUCUCUCCUAAAUCCAGCAAUGCUGCCCUCCCAGACGGCAAACCUGCCGAGAACGGUGCCCCCGCUGAGGGCGGCCCUCCAGUGAGGCCAGUCCCACCCCACUUCCAGAACCACCAAGGCACAAAAUCAAAACUUGCAGAAGAACCAAAUCCAUUCGAGCAGUCUUUCGCGCCCGAUAAGGCUGCGCCGCCCACGACUUCGACGUCGACGAUGUUGCCACCCGUCACGUCGAUCGCGUCGCCUGGUCCCUCAGCCUGGGGUGCGUUUGGUAGUUUGCGGAAUGGACCGCUUAGUCCGGCGAUGUUGCCUGGUCCACAGUCAGUGUUUGAUCCGACAUUGAGGACGGGGUUGACUCCGAAUGAGUCUGGGAUCAGGACUGGGUUGACGCCGGGUGGGGUUGGAUAUGGACUCGGUGCGCCAAGUCCGAAUACCGCUGCCCUUCUUGGCUUGGGAACACCCGGUGGAGGUGUUUCUGGCUUUGCGGCGGAUUUCGCGAGGGUUCCGCCUUCUAGUUUCCCCAUCCAGCCUCCGCCGCAGAUGAAUGGGCCAUCUGCGGGUGCUGCUCCUGUUGCACAGCAGAGAGGUAGGGAAGACCCCUUUGCGAACGAAGCCGCACAUGCUGCCAACGGUCUUUUCUUGUUGUCUCAGGCACAGUCGCAGCAGGGUAUGCACGGACAUGGUCACGGCCACGGCGGUCAUGGACAUCACCCCAUGCCUGUCAUCCAUCCUGGAUUGGGUGGUGCCGUGGAUCAAGAGUUGCAGAAGAGGGCAGUCGUCAACGCACAGGCACUCGCCAUGCACGGUGGUGGUGUCGGUGUCGGAGGUAACACUUCCCUCGCUCAAGUUGAGAACGGUCACGGACACCUCCACGGCCAGCCUCAGGUUAUGGAUGACAAGAAGAAAGCUGGCUCAGGCGGUGCUAGCAGGAGGAGAAAGAGCAGCGAGGAUGAGAUGAUGAACAGUCCGAUGAAAAGGAGUAAGGGUGAUAGUGAUCUUGAUGAAGAGGGGAGCGGUGACGAGUAUAAGAGUGGGAGUGGGGGACGGAGAAAUUCGUCGAAGGCGGAGACGGAUGAGGAGAAGCGAAGGAACUUUUUGGAGAGGAACAGACAAGCUGCACUCAAGUGUCGUCAACGAAAAAAGCAGUGGCUCGCGAAUCUCCAAGCAAAAGUCGAGUUCUACGGAUCCGAAAAUGACGCACUCACCGCACAAGUCACUGCCCUCCGCGAAGAAAUCGUCAACCUCAAGACCCUACUCCUCGCGCACAAGGACUGUCCCGUCGCCCGUGCAAACGGUAUGGCGGGUGUCGAGGUUAUUGAUCGGGCGACGGCGGGCGUUGGUAUGGGUAUGCAGGGAAUGCCCCCAAUGGGACCAGGUCAGGGCAUGCCUGUUGGUCCGCCGCCCGGAGUUGGGAUGGGAGGACCGAUGUCUGGAAUACAGAUGGGGAUGCCCCCGCAGGGGAUGGGACAGAUGGGUGCUGGACGUGGAUAUUAGUCCACGUUUAGCACUCUGAAAGGGAUGGGAUGGGAGUGAGGCGAGCUACCAUCCAAAGAACAAAAGUUAUGUAUUGGGUAGCGAGCUGUCGCGUCUCUAUGUGUUGCGCUCGUAUCGGCAUGGACAUGGGAUCGAAUUCAAUCGACGGUGUCUUUCGCUGAGAUUAUGGAUGGUAUUAUUGACGGUCUGGAAGACCACACAGGAAGGGGAAGGAAGGGAAGAUG